CGCUGGCAGAGGCGUACGAAUUCUACAAUCUCUAUUCCUGGGUUGACAAAUACAAGCUUCACAACAACACUUUCCUCAUACAAAUUUUCGAGGUUCGUCACAAGUGGGCGAAGCCUUAUUUUAGUGGCAAGUUAUGUGCGAAGCAAACCAGUACGCAAAGAAGCGAGAGUGCAAACCAUUUGUUGAAAGGCUACAUCCCGCCUGCAUGCCCCAUGAACCUUUUUGUGAAGCAAUAUAGCAAAUUGCAGUUCGACUGAAGCUGAAGAAGGAUUCCAAGAGAAGAGAACGAGGCUGGGCGGGGUAGUUCUCCGAUACAAUUACCCUUUGGAGGAGCAUGCAAGUAAAGUCUAUACCCGGACAAUGUACGAGAUGUUUGGCCAGGCUUUGUAUCGCUCUGGUAGGUAUGAUGUUGAGGAAGUUGAGCGGGGCAUCACCUACCACGUGCGACAUGUUGAAGCUGAGAAGCGAGAGAAGUGGUGCCGUGAAAUGCAUGUGGUCAGUGUCCAUGAUGGCUGUGCUAGGUACACAUGCGAAUGUGGGCUCUUCGAGCACAUGGGGAUGCUUUGUUGCCAUGCUAUCAAGGUUUUAAUUCAUUUGGGAGUGAGAAAAAUACCCAGAUUCCAUGUCAUGAAAAGGUGGACAGUAGAUGCCCGCGACAAUUCGCCACUUCACCUUCUCCAUUACCAAAAGGAUCAAGGGCCUCCGCGGUUAUCCUCCUACAGGCAUACAGCACUACACCUGACCGUGCUCGAGUUUGUCCAGCUUGGUGAUAGCAAUGUUGAUGCCUUUGAUAGAGCAAUGGACAUCUUGAUUGCAGGCAAGGCAGAGCUGACUGUUUUGGCGGCGGUCAAGGAUGGCAAAAGUUUGGUGGACCAAACUCAAAUUGGGGAAUCAGCCAAUCCCACUCAAAGGAUGGGCACAAAUUCUUCGCACCCAGACGACAUGUGUUCUCAGAUGUUCAUCUCCACUGAGUGUGGGCUUAGUUCAGUUUCUGGUGAAGCUGGCUCCAGUAUGUCACUGUUGACGUUGCUGCCGUCUGAUAGGAAGAAGCAGAAGGGUAGGCCAACCACAGCGAGGGACAAACCUGGAUAUGAGGUCAAGGACGCGCGAUCGAGGUUUUGUACGGUUUGUAGGGAGAAAGGGCACCCCGCAGGGGUGAUCUUCCGAAGAAACCUCGCAAAAUCCCUACCUGCGGCAAUUGCGGUGUAG